GAAAAGCCAGAAGGAAACUCCCCGGAUGGACAACGAGAGGGCCUAACGUGUAAACAAAGCUUUCAUCGUCUUUAUUCAACGCUAAAAUAAUGUUUGGUGCUUCAAGAUCUGGGGGUGUAAGGGGGGGGCAAGACCAAUUCAACUGGGAUGACGUGAAAGGCGAUAAACACAGGGAAAACUACCUCGGGAACUCUCUUAUGGCACCAGUGGGGCGAUGGCAGAAAGGCAAAGAUCUGACGUGGUAUACCAAAGACAAAAAAGGUGGUGUCAAGCCUAUGUCAAGAGAAGAGGAGCUUGCUGCUGUGAAGACAGCAGAGCAAGAGGCACUGCUGGCUGCCCUAGGCCACAAGAAUAUAAAGAGACAACCAUCUGGCCUGACCAAAGAGGACCUUGCAGAUGUGUGCAGGAGGGAGGAUGCGGAAGCUGAGGACAGAGAUGUGGACAGAGUUUCUGGCCUUGGAAGCUCCGGUGCAACGUCACGGAAAAUGGUGUUCUCCCAACAGGAGAAGGAAGCUGCCAAAAUAGGCUUGUCAGUCUUCACACACCAUAAAACAGAAGGGAAGUCUGGAAACCAGGAAGCCUCUGCCAGAAAAACAUCUGCGAACACAGAGAAACAGGAUGUGGAUCAAAGCAGCAAAAAGAAGGAAAAGAAGCGCAAAAAGAAGAAAAGGCAGAGAAGAGACUCUUCAUCCUCCGAUUCAGAAGAUGACAAAAGGCGCAGAAAGGACCACCGUCAUCAUAAUCCAUCAUGCCUCAGUCAGACUGGAGCCAGACCCCAUGACAGCCAUUCAAAGGGGGGACCAAAGGGUGAACGCCACCCACUCUCCUCUCAACGACGCCAGCAGAGGCAUGACACACACUCCUCCCACAGGGAGUCCCCCGUCCACCGCCCCCGUGCCAGCCACAAGGCAGCCCAUGCUGCUCUGACACAAAGCCACAGGCGGCGCCAUGACACAGACUCUGACGAUUAAUACCCCCCCACUCAAUCAGACACAUUGACGGAGAGGAGUGCUCUAGCCCACAGCAGAGCAGCUUGACUGAUCUAUGGACUGUCCUCAUGUACUUCUGGACUGGACUCAAGGGCUGUGGUUGAGAACAGUAGGUCAAUCUGUUUGGCUACUCCUCAAACCACUAGCAGGCUUGUGGCCUUAUUUGAACUGACUAGUUUUUAUUUGUGUUGAAUUUUGAAUUGUUAAAUUUGUUUCUAUUGGUAUUUUAUUUUUCUGAAACAGCUCAAAUGUAUUUUAUGAUCUGUGUCUAGCUACCAAAAUUGAAGGACACUAUUCCUGCAAUUGAAUCAGGGACUACCGAAAGCAAGUUAAGUGCAUGUGUUCUUGGUGCUGAUAAUAAGUUAGUCAAUACAAACUAUUGCUGUCCAAGACAUUAAAUCCGGCGUGACACUUGCCCAUUAAAACAUGUAUUUAAAUGUGUGCCAACACCUAAAUGUUA